CAUCUACAGACUACAGCAUCAUGUCUGUCCCUGAACCAAGCACCAAGGUCGACUGGCAGAACCUCUCUUUUGGCGUGAACUCCGUCAAUGGACAUGUCCAAUGCAUCUACAAGAAUGGCGCAUGGGGGCCAAUCGAAUUUGUGGAGGAGCCCUUCAUUCGCAUGUCGGUGAUGGCGCCUGCGCUCAAUUAUGGCCAGCAGUGUUUUGAAGGUAUGAAGGCCUUCAGGUGUAGAGAUGGUCAUAUCCGCAUCUUCCGCCCAGAUGAGAAUGCAAAGCGCAUGCAGCACUCUGCCAGCAUCAUCUCCAUCCCACCCAUGCCGGAGAAUUUAUUCCUCGAGGCCGUCAAGCUUGCCGUGCUCAAGAAUGCUGAAUUCGUGCCACCAUAUGAGCUGGGUCAAUCUCUCUACCUGCGUCCAUUGCUCCUUGGCUCAGGUGCACAACUCGCAUUGAGUGCGCCAGACGAGUUCACCUUCUUGUGUCCCGUGACACCCGUGGCCAACUUGUACUCUGCGUCCGGUGCAAAGCCCAUUGAUGCACUGAUUGUGGAAGACUUUGAUCGUGCAGCACCUGCUGGAACAGGUAGUGCGAAGCUGGGUGGUAAUUAUGCGCCUGUCUUCCAGCAUGCUGCCAAAGCCAAAGCAGCAGGAUUUGCCAUUACGUUGCACUUGGACAGCAAGACACGCACACACAUUGAUGAAUUCUCCACCUCCAACUUCUUGGCACUUCGCGGAAAGGGUGACGAAACGACACUUGUUGUGCCCGAGUCGACGUCUAUUCUCAAGUCAGUGACAACGAAAUCUGUUGUGCAGCUGGCCAAGUCCUUUGGCUGGCAGGUCGAGUGCAGGCCUGUGCAUGUGGAUGAACUCAACACCUUCAGCGAGAUCAUGUCUGCUGGUACGGCGGCUGUGAUCACGCCCGUCAAGUCAGUCACGUACCAGGGAAAGAAGUUGGUGCAGCUAUCAGAGGAGCAAGGGCCUGGCGCGAGUCGCAUUUUGACAACAUUGCGGGGCAUUCAGACAGGCGAUCUGGCAGACGAGUUCAAGUGGCUCGUGGAUGUUGUCUAGACAUGCUGAUGCCGUUCCCACCCUUUCCUUCUAUCCUCAUCACGCAUAACAUCCAUAGCUCAAUCCUCUUUCCCU